GUCGGUUGGUCUGCAGCGACUCCAGCGCUCGGAAGAGGUUCAGUCGCUUCGCGCGCCUCGUGCCGUAUGUGUUGCAUUUGUUCGCAUCUCUAACGAUUGUCGAUCGUGAGAAACGGAUUGUUUCGUGUGUUGAUCAUCGUUUGAAAGUCAGUUUUUUACGUGUCGAUAUUCUACAACAGUUUACGAAUAACGUGAUAUAUAUUUUUUUAAGUGUUCGUUCUUUUUUUCCCGAAUUUUUCCAAGUUUCGUUUUGAAAGUUUCCGGCUCGGCCCACUGGCUGAGGUCCGGCCAGAGACGAAUUAGGAGGAAAUUUAUCGGUUUCCGAUCCCGAACGAUCGACCUCGCGUCGAAAGUGGAACGGCUACGUGAGAUCCGGUUUCGGAAGGACGAAAAAAUAUGAGCAUCUCGUGAAGUCGGUUAAAGUGCAGCUUUCAGACAUCGAAGGAGUAUUACCAUGGAGACCGAAGAACUCACUAGACUCGUAGAUGAGAUCUACAAGAACAUCCUGGACAAGUUCAACCCGGGGGCCAGGCAGCUGAUCAACGCCGGCAAGGCAUAUUUGAAAGCUCUUCAUGGAGCCGCAGCCGCAUCCAGGGUGUACGUGGACGCAUUGUCUCGAUUAGCACGCCAGGCGCAACUGGGUACAUGGGGUGGUUCCAAGGAUGUCGGGUUCGCGCUGAUGAGGAUCGUCGAGGUGUACAAGGAGAUUCAGGAGCAGGAGAUGAAUAUCCUGAAAGCGUUCUACGUCGACCUACUGGUCCCCCUCGAGACGAACCUGGAGAAAGACACCAAGGUCGUGCAGAGCGAGCAGAAGAAGUUUCUGCAGCAGCACAAGACCAGGUCCGAAACUUAUAGCAAAGCGGCCGCCACGAUGAAGAAGCAGAGGAAAAAGUCGAGGGGCGCGAGCAAGAGUGGACUGGCCAUGGACAAAGAGCUGAAGAAUAUGCAGAUCCUCGAGGAGGAGAAGUCUAAGCUAGACGCCUUUUGUGAACAGAGUUUGAAGAAUGCCAUGACUCAGGAACGAAGAAGGUACGGCUUUGUUCUCGAACGACAAUGCUCGUUGGCGAAACAUUAUGCGAGUUUUCACGAGGUCGCGUUAGCUGCUCUUCAUCCCUCGGUUGAUAAGUGGCGCGAGGUAGCUGCUACCAGGGAAUAUUUACCCCAAUCCGUGGAAGAUAUGUUCGCUUCCAGGCUUAGACAAGUAUCAUUCUGGCCGGAGGACGAAGAGAACGGUGGAUCCGAAUUAACGAUGAGCUCACAAUUGAGAAAGACCAGAAGCAUGGAUAGUUCUUGCUUGGAGCUUCGACCUGGGCCGCCAUCCGGAAAUGUGCCAAGUGCCACUUAUCAAGGUCCAACUUCGCAUCUUUCAUCCGCCCUCUCCAGAGCAAGAUCGGAGGCCAACCUCCACGCUUCGACGUUGUCCCUCGAUCCAGAGGUACCGGAAACUCCGCCAAGGCCGAGGUCCAUGGCGCCCCCGGCAUCACGCAACAGCGGGAGCGGAGGCGGCGGAGGCAGCGGCACAGGGGUGAGCUCAGGCGGAUGGGGUGACGCGCCCCUCGCGAGGGCCCUCUUCGCCUAUUUGAGCUCGGGGGAAAAUCAGCUGAGUUUCCUCGAGGGCGAUCUCAUCGCGUUGAUGGGAGAUCGUCAGAAAGGGUGGCAAUUUGGGGAGAAUCUCCGCACACAGAGUUCCGGAUGGUUCCCACUGGCGUACACAGAAAUUAUUAUCGACGAUAGUCUGGGAUCGCCGAGUCACGGAACAAACAAUGGUCGCGCAUCGGAGCCACAGGCGGUUCCACCCUGUAAGCCGCCACCCUCUCGCCCGCCAGUGACACCGAGCAUCGAUGAAGUGUCGAGUGGAUUCCAUGGGGUAGGAAACAACAACGUCAACAACAGUAACAACAAUAACAGCAGUACAGGCACACCCACUAAUGUGCCGAACAGCAACAGUUCUCACAAUUUGGCGACACCUACUGCACGUCAAACGAAACCGAUCCGUCCAUCGGGCACAUUGCCCACUGUUUUGGCCGGUGGCCGGAGGAUACAGCCACCUGCUCCACCCGUUCCACCCCCUCAAGUCGUGACGUCUCUUCACAGCAGUAACGACAGCGGUUUCUCAAACGAGCCACCAGCCCAACCCGACAUCGAUUACAGCGACGACGAGGCCAUGAGACAACGAAGAAGAAAGCCGCGUGCCGAUAGAAUAACGGAGGCGGUGAAGCAACACCAGAAGGAAGACAAGUCGAACGGCAAGGAUUGGGAGAACGAUUCCUGGAAGACGAUACCAAGGGACGAGAAGAGUUGGCACCUUUACAGGACAGCGAUGGACAUUUGGGCGGAGGCGAAUGCGAAUCAGAGCAACGAGAAUGGGGAGACGAGGUACCACCAGCAGAAUCGCCACUACAACAGUCAAGAGCGGAAGCGAGACUUCUCAGACCGCGCCACUAUGGAGAACGGGCCGGCCAGGAAAUCCGGGAAGAAGGCGCAGGAGAGGGCGCAGAAGAACGAGUACGAUAAUCGUGGCCGGGCUAAUCCCGGCCACAAAAGCAAGCCGUUGAACAACGAGGAACAAUCUAGGAAAUCUACGAGGAGGAGCAACGAGCAAAGCGAGCAGGAUCGAGGCAGAGAGUCGAAGAGGAAGGAGCAAGAGGAGACCGAGGAGGAUGAGAUAGAGUUGGAGGAGGAGGAGGAAGAUACCUACGGUGGCAGGAUGGAUUAUCAAAAGUACGAUGGGAAGAAAUAUUACGGGGACAGAAGCGAUGGCCAGGAGCGCAACUCUCGUCGAGGUUAUCGGCCGGUUGCCCAGGAAGAGGCCAAGUACGAGAACGAGAAGGUGUCCUCGGUAUCUUCCUCGGGGACGGAUGACGAGAGCACCAUCACGAUUCCGGAGACCGGCAGAAAGGUGGAGCAUAUCGCGCAGAAACUGGAGCAAACGGCGCAGAAGUACGCUCGCGAGCACAGCCCUCCCAAGUUCAUAGAACGAAGGAACGAUUACAGAAGUUUAGAGCGCAGGGAGGAUAAGCAGCCGCCCCCGCCGUACGAGAGGUAUAACGAUUGCGAGAGGAAUCGUGGGCCGCAGAGGUUCGAGAGGGAGAGGGAGAGAUACUUGGAAAAGUCUCCGACCACGGCCCAGAAGACGUCCACUUACGAAAGGGAAAGAACGUUCGAAAAGAAUCCCGAUAGAAAUAGGAACAUCGAGCGAGCCUCGAGCCGCCGCUUCGAGAGGCCGAGGCCGCCCUCUGAAGAAGCUCCUGAGAGACCGACCGAGCCCCGCAACGUCUACAGAGAGCGUAGAUACUCGGACAAGGAGGAAGCUAUCUACGGAGAGACGAGAUACGUGAGGGAGAACGUGUCGAUGGACAAGGAACGCGGCUACGAGUCGAAUUUCGAGACGAAGCUGGAGAGGACGAAGGUGAUCGAGAGGCACGGUUAUCAGAAUCUUGGUCAGAGCAAUCUUCAGAAGUUCCAGAGGAACGGGCAAAUCUUGGAGAAGAACGACACGAAUAACAACAUGUUGAAAGACGACAAUAGGAAACCGUUGCUUCCUAGACAGACGACCGCGGUAGGACACCUGAUACAGACCGGUAGAGCCUUCGACGUCGAUUCCAAGAGUCCUAAAUUGGUGAAGAGAACGAAAUCCUUCUGGAGGUUCAGGAGAGAUUCCGAUGUUCUCGAAGGCAUGGCACUUUGGCAGCACAGAUCUCUGGUCGACAUUCCGAAAAUGAUCAAAAAGGAAGCGAAGGAGGACGUGAACGCCAUGGACGACUCGAAGAAGCAGAGCCCAGAGGGUAGUCCGAAUUCUCGGCAAAGUUUGGAGAAAAGGAACAGCGACGUGACGAUCACCAACGAUUCGCAUCACGAGGAGCCGAAACCGGCGGAGAGGAUCCACGUGCCCGAGAAAUCGGAUUACUUCGAGGAUUUCCCUACGCCCGCGGAAAGACCAAAGACUGUGGAGCGGUCCGAAUAUCGAAUGCACCAGGACGAGAGAUCCUACUUCAUGGGCAAUGUAUCGCGGAAAGCCAUAAUCGAGAAGGAGAGGAAGCGGAGCCUGGAGGCUAAACGGAACAUGAUAGUGGCCGAAUUGAAGGAGAACAACGAGGCGAAGAGGAACGAGAGGAGGAAGAAGUACACCGACGACGAGGACGGUUUGACUCAGACGUUGAGCGAGACGGAGGCGUCGGACGAGGAGUCUACAUACAGUUGCAUCGUGGUCAAAGAUCAAACAGUGGCCGAGAAGACUCUUCUUCCUAGAACUAAACUCCGUAGGGAUUCUGACCGAGAUAAGAAUACUUGUGGACCGUGGUACGACCUUUGGGGAGUGGACGCCUCCGUGAACAAGAAGAAGAAGAAGAAACAGCAAUAAAUCUAUUAAACUGUCUUCUUCGUCCACCGCUUCUUGAAUCAGUAUCGUUGUUUGAAUCCCUCGUGGGCUUCGAGUGUUUUAUCACGUCUCAAAGUUUAUUAAAAAACGUUAUUACGUUGAGUUAUUAUCACGUAAGUCGACGAGAAGACGUGAGAUCGUCUUCCUUCGAAAGAUCUGAACGAAACGAGAUCGAUUUUUGGGACGAACGAGCCCGAGGAUAAGAGGAGAUAGAGAUCACGAUACGAUUUAUAAUUUUAAGAUUUUGCUCGUUUUUAUUAUUAUUAUUAUUUUUUUUUUUCUCUUCUUCUUUUGUGUUUGUCAUUACGUUCCAGUUUUAUUAUAUCAUCUCCACCCUCGUAUAUCAGAUCAACACCACGAAUGACCGUUUCGCAAGUCUUCCACAUAGUGCAGUUCCCAUUGCUUUUUUUGAUACGUUUAAGCCUAUGUUUUGCGAGCAUAGUUGUUAUUUUAUUACUGCUUUCGUCGACGCUUGUUAAUGAUCGGAUAUCAUUGUGUUGACGUUAAGCAUAAAGCAUAUCGUAAUUUAGAAUGCAAGGAACAAGUUUGGUCCAUUUUUAUCAGCCUGUCACAACGAUGGAAAGAACAAUGUUAUGGAUGAUGAUUCAAUCGUAACUCUUGUUGGAUCCGUCGUACGUAUGGUUAUUUUAACUAAUGUGUCGCGAAUUUUUCAAUUUUACAAAUUUCUGAUCAACCAUUAAAUUCGACGAUUUCGAAUUAAUCUCUAACAAGUUUCAAAUAUUAAAAAGUAUCGAAUGUUCGAUAUCAUCGGGGAUAAAUCUAAUUUACAUAAUUUAAAAGUUUCACGCUUGAUUCGUAUUUUUUUUCACGCUUCGACAAUUAAUUGAGUGAAACACGAGUAGAAAAGUUUUUGGAAAUUUAAUCGUAUGCUUGAAUGAUCGGAAUUAAAUCUGUCAGUUACCAUAAAUCGUUCCUGUCGAUGCAUAAACGAACGCAUAAAUAAUAUUGCGCGCAUUUCCACGACAGGCUUAAAAACGAUCGUGUAAACUAGUUUCCGCAUUAAUAAUUAUUCGAGUUCGAAACUUUGUGCCCACGUAUUCCUUCAUUACCCGUGUAAAUUAGUUUCUGACCGAAACAAUUUGAUACUCGAUGUCGUAACGUUCAUUC